AUGGAUAUCGACUGGUGCCUCACCUGCAGCAAACAUCUUGACAACACCACCAGCCCCUACUGUAGCUGGGAGUGCAGACCACGAGCAGGCCCAUCCAACUUGUGUUCCUACCCGCACCAGGAGCUUUCAUACGACGCAGAGUUGGACGAUGAACAGUCUCUGAACGACGACGACGAUGCCAUCUACCACACCGUCAACGAUGUCUCUCACCACUACUCUGGCAUCGAGGCCUGGGCUGCAGCGAUCCCCGCAGGCGCCCCUUGUGAAGAACCACGGCCAGUCCCAGCCAAACGUUCCCGGCCUCCAUCUGUGCGAUCGUCUAGGUCGUCUAUCUCAUCUCCAACAUCCGUUUCCACCGUGACUUAUCGUCCUCCGGAGCUCCUCAAACCACACCGACCCGUUCCCCCGACACUCUGCAUGUCUACACCCCGCACAGUCCCUUCUUCGCCUUCGCUGCCAAUCGUAACUCCCCAGCAGCAAAUCGCCGAGUUCUCAACUGCAGCCUACUCGGGCGGCACCAUGAGCACAGGCCAUACCUCUAUCGAAUCCUCACUCGCAACUCCCGCAUCCACCAAGGCUCUACCUUUCUCAGAUCGCAAGUCUUCAUCGAUGCUCGAUUCGAUUGCCUCCCAUGUCCGCUCAUGGGUCGCGCCUUCACCCUUCUCCAAGCACGACAGCAAUCCGUGCUCUGACGAUGACGAAGCGACACCCGUCUUCGUAGCACCCCCUUCAAAACAUCACCCACGCACCCACCACAUGAAGGCCAUCCACGACGAACUUCAUCCGUCGUAUAGAUCUCGAGGCCGCAAAGCCUCUCGUGCCGUAGCAUGA